AUGAGGUUUUCCGUCGCAUUUGCUGCAGUUCUUGCUGCGAGCGUGGAAGCGUCCGGUCGUCAAAGAAGGCAAUGGGGGUAUCCGGAUGUUGAGGAUUGCGGUCUCGAUGGAUUUGAAGGGCAUACGUCUGAGGCGGCAUUGUUCUGUUCCAACAUCCUUCGUUCAGGGACUGCAACAGCCACCGUCACCAAUGGCUACACCACGACAACUACCACGACCAAGAAGACUACAGUUACCAUCCGGCCGACAACUACUCCCACACCGACGCCAACAUCGAAGUCAACAUCUUCAUCUCCUUCGCCACCGUCGUCGUCUUCAUCGCCCAAGCCAUCAUCGUCGGCUACACCUGUACAGCCUUCUUCCACAGUAGUGUCUUCGACCCUCAUUUCGAGCCCAUCUCCCACACCCACAGCCGCUCCGAGCUGCGGUAUUGUCGCGUACGUCAAGACCACGCCAGCGUACUACUUCGAGUCUAGCGGCACAAAGAAUACUUUCGAUGCUUGCAGCGCGCUUUGCAAGGCUGAUAGUAAGUGUAAGAGCUUCGGCUACGGAGAAGCAAACUGCAUGCUCUUCGACGUCACUGCGGCGGAAAAUACCAACUACAACCCCAUGUCUCCCUACACCUUCUAUGACGCCGCCUGCCCCGCUGAACUUCCAGUGCGCAAGCGCCAACUCGACAUCUCACUCGGUCUCCCCGGUGGCAUCCACAUCUCGCUUGGUCUCGGUCCUGGCGAGAUCUCGUCGGCUUGCUCGUGCUUUAUUACCAAGGGACCUGCCAGUACUACGGUCACAAGGACAGUCAGUAGUGCAGUUGUCAGAACCAGUACUGUGACUAGUAUUGUUACUAGGACGCGAGGUGUUGGUGCUGAAUCCAUAAACUUCCUUGCACCGUCGUCCAACCACCACCAAGACCCUAUCACCAUGGCGCACUUCUCCCAAAUCACAAACAUAGCCGAAUAUGCAGCCUGCAUCAAGGCCACAGCAGGAAAAACUGUUCUACUAGCCUAUUGGCCCGAAGACGAAACAACUAAUGAGGUUGCUACCGCCCUUCAAAAACUACUCCCGUCAACAUCCUACGAGCAGUACGACGUCGUCGACAUCUAUUGCUUCGAUAUGUACUCGCUGCCAGAACUAGGCAAUAUGUUGGAUGUGAGCUUCGUGCCGACGCUGAUGUGGUUCAUGGACGGCGUUAUGGAUGCCAUCGUUUGGCAUGAAGGCUGUGCAAUUGAGGGCGAGAGUGUGGAGAAGGGUGUAAAGAGGGUAGUGGAUAGGAUCAAAGGAGGAGAUAUCGCAGGAGAGGAUAGUGAUGAUGACUGGUAG